AUGACAGCACGGAAGCCCCCAACAGUUACCAGACGAAGUAUUCGUCAAGCAGCAAAACAUAUGGCACCAUCAGCACAAUCCGAGCCACCAACAAGCAACGACGGCCAACGGGAAUCAUCGAUGGAUCAGGACAUCGAGAGAGGUGGAGGUGUGCGCAGCAAGGAGCAGGGAUCUGCCAUUGAAUCUAAUCUUGGUUCUGGUACAUAA